GUUAACUAUCGGACAUAACGUACCAUACAAAUGCUUUGUACUGUUGCUCACAGUGACGUUGGAUAUUUACAUGUGAAACGUACCUACAUAUGUGUACAGGUAAUGAUUUCGUAGUACGCAUCGUUCGGUCUCGCGUCAUUAUUUUUUAGAAGAAUGGAGGGUGAAGUGAAGAUUAUCGUAAAAUGGAGUGGAAAAGAAUACGAGCUUCCGAACAUACAGCACGAUGAUACUGUUCUUUCUUUGAAGGAACGUAUACACAAAGAAACGGGUGUUCUCCCGGAACGUCAAAAGUUGUUGAACCUGAAAUUCAAAGGCAAAGCAGCUCAGGAUGAAGAUAUCAUAGGAAAAUUGAGCCUGAGGCCUGGUUUUAAGCUUAUGUUAAUGGGAUCCAGAGAAGAGGAUAUUGCGGAAGUAAGCCAUGCUCCAAAAGACAUGCCUGAUGUAAUUAAUGAUUUGGAUAUAGAGGAGGAAGAAGUGGAAAUUGAAAAUGCAGAAAUCUAUCUCUCUAAAAUUCAAAAGAGAAUUGACCAUUAUGCUAUCACAGAAUUAAAUCCACUUAGAGAAGGAAAAAAGCUUCUAGUACUGGAUAUAGAUUAUACACUUUUUGACCACAGGUCAACUGCAGAAAGUGGAGUGGAAUUGAUGCGACCUUAUCUUCAUGAAUUUUUAAUGGAAGCUUACAUAGAUUAUGAUAUAGUAAUUUGGUCAGCAACUAGUAUGAGAUGGAUCAAUGAGAAAAUGAAGUUGCUUGGAGUCUCGAAUCAUCCCCAAUACAAAAUAGCAUUUCAUCUUGAUUCUCUAGCUAUGAUUUCUGUUCACAUACCAAAGUAUGGUUUAGUUGGAGUAAAGCCUCUUGGUAUUAUCUGGGGAAAGUAUAAACAGUUAUCUGCAAAAAAUACUAUAAUGUUUGAUGACAUCAGGAGGAAUUUUUUUAUGAACCCACAAUCGGGUUUGAGAAUAAAACCUUUUAGGCAUGCACAUCUUACCAGGAGUAAAGAUUUAGAGCUAUUGAAGUUAUCAAAAUAUUUAAAAUUAAUAGCUAAACUUGAUGACUUUCAAACUCUUAAUCACAGAAAAUGGGAAGAAUAUACAGCUAAGAAAGCUAAAAAGGAAAGAAGAAAUGAAACUAACAAUGAGUAAAAUUAUGGAACAUGUUGAAUACUUGUUAAAUUUUAUGAAUCUUCCCAUUAUUUAGAAAAUAUUUAGAAUCCAUCAUUAACUGUCAUGAGGAUAACAAGAAAAAAGAAAGAAGAAUAAAUUCUGUAUAAAGAGCAUAUACAAAGAUAAAAAAUACGCAAAAUACUUAUAAACAUAAAAAUCUUAAGUAUUCUUCCAUGAAUGAUCGUGUAAUGAUGUACAACAAUUUUAAUUAAUCGUUAUUUACAGCGCUUCAAGUUUUCAUGCUACACUGCGUAAAUUCGCAUAUUUUCACACGCUUCUAUGUAUUUAUAAUGUACUUAUGAGUUACAUGAAAUAUGUACAAAAUGUGUAAUCAAAAAUUAUCUAAAUAAAACCUG